AUGGUGAAGAAAACGGAGAGUAGUGAUUCUAGCGAUGAUGAACAGAGUUAUUCAUCUUCAUCUGAAGAAUGGUCCAAAUCUUCAGACGAUGGUGAUGAAAUUGUUGAAGUCAACGGGUUUCAGGUUCUUGAUUCGCAGGUAAACCAAGUGAUGGCAAUAUUUGAAAAACAUCCAGACAUUGCAUUAGAUUUCAGUUUAAAGAAUCAGCAGCUCAAAAAUGCUUACAUGGGUGUUCUUCUUGACCUUAUUAUGACACUGUGCCAAUCGCCCAAGGAGCUCACAAUGGACGAUCUAAACAAAGCAGACCGAACGGUUUUGGAUCUGACAAAAGCAGGCUUGAAAUUGCAUUGGUUGCGUCAGAAACUGGAUGAAGCUUUCUUGAAGAAGGAGAAAAACCGGGCCAUUAGGGCACGGAUCAGAGUACUUGAGGAACAAGUCAAGAAGCGAAAGCUGACUUUGUCGGAUUUAGAAUCCGAUCUGAAGAAACAGAAAGCUGCAGCUUUGGCUGCUGAAACUCCAUUUGAUUUCAGCGAUAUUGUUUGA